GAUAUCAACAGGGGUCAACAUAAGGCUACGUUUCGGUCUACCUUACCCCGGGCUAGAAUCCCUUGGGGCCGCGCAGUUUAAGACUCCUUGGGAGUUUCUAUAUUUCUAGUGGGCUCAAAUGGCCCCCCUGAGGCGAUUCGCUGUCACCAUUUUGGCGUUGCUGGGAUGUGUACUCGCCUAUGAGAUAUCAAUCUCAGAGAAGGAUGCACUUAGCGAGGUUUGUUCUGGAAUGUGGGCUGACGAAAGGACAUAUAUCAAUGUUACAUUCUCCGAGAAAAGCGUUGGCCGCAUAGCGAUGAUAAUAUACGAAUUCUCUGAUAUUCGUUUUCUUGGGAAAGUUACGGGAGAAAAUACGGAAUGGGCACAACCCACCUAUGUUUGCACCUCGAAUGCAUUACAAGCCCAUCUUUGCGACGUCUCUCAACUCGGAAAAUUCAUCAUCAACUUGCCCUCAAAUAGGACUAUCAACGAUACUAGUAUCUGGACAGAAUCUGUGGGCUUUAAAUGGAACAUUAGUGGUGUUGAAAGCGCCUUUUGGAACCCUCCUGGUGGCAUACCAUCUCCGCCACCCUCACCUGAAAAUUCCACUGUGAACUGGAAGCGCGACGACAAUUAUAGGCCUACGGCGCCCAGCUAUAUUUAUAAUGGAGCGCCUAUUCACUAUAAGGUUUCUAAGAAAGGCUAUUACUGCAUUGGGGCGGUGCCGGUGACCCUUGUCGAGUACGGAAACAGCAGCUCACCGGUUCAUGCGGCGUUUGACGGGACGGUCUACUUCCGAAACACGUUUAAUGGACAUCUCUCCGCGGCGGAUCACCCCAAGAUCACAUUUUACUGGCUCCUAACCAUCGCAUACUUGUUUAUUGGAGGGACGUGGGGAUUCCUUUGCUACAAGCACAGGGAAGACAUUAUUCCCAUUCAAUUCUAUGUAUCUGCUCUCGUCUUUCUGCUUGUCACCGAAAUGCUGGCGAAUUGGGGCUACUACCGAUAUUUGAAUGCUCACGGACGCGGGAUUACAACUGUGGCUUUCCUCAUUGUAACCGCCAUUCUUGACGCCGGGAGGAAUGCAUUAUCCUUCUUCCUGCUGCUCGUCGUUGCAUUGGGAUGGAGUGUAGUGCGAGAAGAACUUCAUGUUAUGACUAGAUGCAAGGCUUUAGCGAUAGCCCACUUCGCCUUUGGCGUGAUGUAUGCUGUAGCCAUCGUUGAAGUCGAAUUGGAAACUGCUUCCCUGGGACUUCUCUUCUUGUUUAUUAUGCCAUUAGCAUUUACUUUGAGCACCUUCUUGCUUUGGAUUAUGUAUGGCCUUCAAGCUACAAUCCAAGAGCUUCGUGCGCGAAAGCAGACGUACAAACUUAGUAUGUUUAAGAAGUUACAUUAUAUCCUCAUAAUGGCAGUCGUCAUCGUCGCUGGUUUCUUUGUUGUCACCACGGUGACUUUCUCGAGUCGAUACGAGGAAGAUUUUGCAUCUCGAACCUGGUCAUACAGAUGGUGGUUAAUGGAUGGAUAUUUGUCGAUUCUCUAUCUCCUCGUCUUCUCGUCCACCGCUUACAUUUGGCGCCCAACGGGAAACAACCGAAGAUAUGUUCCCAUGUCUCUGCUUCCGAAUUUCUACUAGAGAUGUCUGACCUUUUUCUGAUACCCACGCUAGUCAUGUCCACUGAACUGGCACAAAGUGAAGAGGAUGCAGAAGAUUACGACCUUGACGCUCUGGAACGGCGAGAAGACCCAUCUCGUGGGGAUUUGAGCGAAGCUCCCACACAAGGAC